AUGACUGACACCGAAGUUGCUCCAGCUGAAGAGAAGAUCGUCGCGAAGACCGACUCUCCGAAGAAGGCGAAGGAAGUCAAGGCUAAAAAACCAGCAGCCAAGGCGACUCAUCCCAGCACCUCUGACAUGGUCACCGCAGCUAUCAAACACCUCGCUGAUCGUCACGGCUCUUCACUUCAAGCCAUCAAGAAGUACAUAGCUUCAACUUACAAAGUUGAUGUUGAGAAGCAGGCUCAGUUCAUCAAGAAGUUCCUCAAGUCCGCUGUCACCAAGGGAACUUUGGUCCAGACCAAAGGAAAAGGAGCCUCUGGGUCCUUCAAGCUUGCCACCUCCAAGGCUGCUGCCAAGCCGAAGCCCAAGGCCGCUUCUGGUGAGAAGAAAGUCGCGUCCAAGAAAGCUGCAGUGAAGAAACCAGCUUCACCCAAGAAGACUCCUGGCGAGCCUAAGUCUCCGGUGAAGAAAGCUGCUGGAGCCAAAAAAGCUGCUGUGAAGAAACCAGCUUCAUCCAAGAAGCCUGCUGCCAAAGCUCCAGCUAAACCGAAAGCUUCUGCUUCUCCCAAGGCUAAGAAGGCUACCAAGGCACCAACAGCUAAGCCCAAGUCUCCGAAGCCCAAGAAGUAUUAA